GCUUCCUGGACCCAGCAACCGAACUAUGCACCUUGCCUGCAAUGCCAUCUUUCGGAUCUUUAUGUUCGCAGGCUGUUCGCUCUUUCAGAAACCGGGCAUACUCUAACCUAGUAGUCCCGGACCUCUCUAGCCGCAAAUUCAUUUUCGCAAAACAUACUCUCUGUCGCAGAACAAGCACAAUGUCAACUUCCCCGGUUAAUACUGAGGAUUACGUUGGCCAGUCUGGCCUCCAUUAUCAGAUCGAACGGGUAUUACAGGACGAGACGGAUCCACGACGUCAUGUUUGCCUUGCAACCGCUGGUGACCGAAAAUUCAUUUUGAAAUACAUUCAUGCAGUCAAUUUUGAAUAUCUUAAAGACAUAAAUAACAGGCUACGCAACAAUGCUAGCCAUGUUCGUCUUACCCAAGAUAUUAUCCCUGAUCAGUCAAUGUUCGUCUUUGAAUAUUUCGCGGAUCAUCUUUUACGUCUUAGUCAAAAGGACUUGUCCCUUGGAACGGUAAAACGAAUCCUGAAAGAUGGCCUGCGUGGGAUUGCUGAAAUGCAUGACCAAGAUAUUGUUCAUACCGAUAUCAAGGCAGAUAAUUUCUUCGUCAACUGGAAGGAUUCCCAGGACGGGGUCAUGAUCGAGAGAGCUCAUGCGAAAGGGCCAGUGGGUAAGCCGUCUGAUAUCUUUUCGUAUGCGCUGGUGUGUAUUUGUGUCCUUUACAAACACGUCAUACUGGCGGUCGGAGAAGACGAAUUGGAUGAGGGCAUACAUCGACUGGCAAUUGUAAUUGAGCGCCAGAUCUCAUACUUCGCAGAUGAAGUUGGAUUGAAUGGUCUUUUCGAACACCUUGGUGAUAAUCCUUGGGUGCCGAUCUUCAAGGUAACAUGGGAUGGGUUAAACAAGGAAAAUCCGCGCCAACCAUUUGCCCUUUGGAAGCAAAUUGAUGAUGAUUUCAAAGAUCUUAUCUGUGGCAUGACGAAUUUUGAUCCCAAAAAGAGAAUUACUGCCCGUGAGGCGUUGGAACACCAGUGGUUUCAAGGUGUUUUGAGAUAGGUGGAGAUGGCAUGCCUUAUGAAAUCAACGCUCUGGGGCAGACUUUACGGUGCAAGAUUUGGUUUAGUGUGCUCUUAUCUUAAUUCUGUAAUCGGAUAUCAUUACUGCUCAUU